GGCGCCUGUCAUCUUGCUGCACCUCCCUCGCCCGCGGGGAGCGGAGCUGCCAAGCAGGUGUGCCGGCUUCCCCAAGCCCCGGAUGCUCAUUGGCGCUGGGCGGCCGCCUGUUGCCCCAUCAUCCUGGGAGCCGGCUCCCCGGGACGGCCUUGGGCGUGCAGGCACUCGCCCCACGGGGCUCGCGGCUCUGGGGGUUGGAACUGGGCGCGGAGCCCGUUGGACUCCAGCAAGAGAGCGCAGUUUGGUUCACACUUUCCGCCUGGAGACGUUGCGGGGCGGGACGGCAGAAGUCAGAGCAUCCGCGGGAUCCUCCGAGGACGGAGGACUCAGCACGGAGGAUGGCGAGGUGGCGGGGCCUCUUCGGGCUCUCGUUCCUGUGUCUCCUGAUGCGCGGCCGAGGUCAAGGCGACUUUGAUUUGGCGGAUGCUCUCGACGACCCCGAGCCCACCAAGAAGCCGAGCUCAGGCAUCUACCCGAGGCCGAAGCCGCCCUAUCCCCCCCAGCCGGGACAUCCUGGCAACAGCGGAGACAUCUACCCGAGGCCGAAGCCGCCCUAUCCCCCCCAGCCGGGACAUCCUGGCAACAGCGGAGGGGCCAAGGGCUUCUUUCCUGUGCGGCUCCAAGGCAUUUUGAUGCCAGGCCUCCUGCAAGAUGAGUCACUGGACCAGAGCGACUCACCCAUCCUGGUGGGUGGGGGGUGGGUCGGGGGGCAAGCCCCAGGCCUGGGAGGUAACCCCUUGUGA